GCGGCGCGGCCCGGGCGAGGCUUGGCCCUUCCGGCUUGCCGUCCGCCGCCGCCUCCGCCAUUGGUUGGGCUCCAGGCAUCUGACACGGGCGGCGGGGCCAGGGAGCGUCAAGGAUGGCGGCGUCCGCGGCGCUGAUCUUGCGGGAGAGCCCCAGCAUGAAAAAAGCAGUGUCCCUGAUAAAUGAAAUAGAUAUAGGAAGAUUUCCACGACUGCUCACCCGAAUUCUUCAAAAACUUCACCUGAAGGCUGAAAGUAGUUUCAGUGAAGAAGAGGAAGAAAAACUUCAAGUUGCAUUUUCUCUAGAGAAGCAAGAUCUUCACCUAGUUCUUGAAACAAUAUCAUUCAUUUUAGAACAGGCAGUGUAUCACAAUGUGAAGCCGGCCGCUUUGCAGCAGCAGUUAGAGAGCAUUCAUCUUAGACAAGACAAAGCAGAAGCUUUUGCCAGUGCAUGGUCUUCUAUGGGUCAAGAAACAAUUGAAAAAUUCAGGCAGAGGAUUCUUGCUCCCCACAAGCUCGAGACGGUUGGAUGGCAGCUUAACCUUCAGAUGGCUCACUCUGCUGAAGCAAAACUAAAAUCUCCUCAAGCUGUGUUACAGCUCGGAGUGAGCAAUGAAGAUUCGAAGAGCCUGCAGAAAGUUCUUGUGGAAUUCAGUCACAAGGAAUUGUUUGAUUUCUAUAACAAGCUAGAGACCAUACAAGCACAGCUGGAUUCCCUUACAUGAUGUUCUUGAAGACUGGUUUUUCUAUCACACUUCUGCCACCUCCUUAUUUUGCUUUGAAGAUUAACUGCCAGGUUCUGUUUUCUGAAGGAUUCAGUCGCUUUCUCCUUGUAAAUUAUAUGGCUUAUUGCUUCUUAGACAAAUAACAGCCGAGGAAGAUCAUUGUUCUGAGUACCGAUGUUCUAAUAUACAUUCUCUAGUUCUGUGUGCCAAAAGCAAGCAGUUGUUUAAGAACAUUGUUUUAAAGGAAACAAAAGUGGCUAUCAUGUGGUUUUUACUGCUUAUUUUUGCUUUAUUGCCUGACCUGUUUAUUUUUUACAUACUUGAUGAUACUUUGGUGUAUUAAGGAGGAUCCAUGGAUACAAUAUAAUGUGUACCUUAGAACACAUAAUAUCAUUAAUUACAUUAAUAAACAUAAGACAGUAGCCACAUUCAAUUAAAUACAUUAUGGCAUUUUUUUCCUUUAAUAUAACGAGUAUAUUUUGAAAUUUUAAAGAAAGCUAGUACUAGUUUAUAAGUCAACUCUAAUGAGCCUCUCUGUGUGCUUAAUUUUUUUCUCUGAGUUUAAUGAUUUAAUAACAGUUUACGUUUUUGUGUGCUCUUCUUUGUACUGCAAAUUUUUUUUUUUUUUUUGCCUUUUAGAAUGGAUGAUCUUUUUAUUUUUUUAUUUUUAUUUUUUUUGUACUGCAAAUUAAUAAUAAUUCAUAGCAUGGGAGACAGAUUCAGAUCAUGAAUAAAAAGAUAAGAGUGCUAAAUGAAUAUCCUUAAAUUUUAAAAACAUUUUUAUAUUCUCUUUCUGUAAAUAUGUUAAUUAAUUUCAAUCAAUGAGAUUUUUAUGUCUUAGAAUUAGUUGAACUUAAGUGCACAGUAUUUUAUGCUAUGGCUAUAUAUACAUAUGAGUAUAGUUGGCAGCAGAAAGUAAUCACUUGAAGUUUUUAUGAAUGAAAAGUCUGUACUGUAUUUUUUCUAGGGAGACAGGCAGACAGCAAGGGAGGGAGGAAAGAAGGAAAAUGGGAGAGAAGGAGAAAAUGAGGGAAAGCAAGAACAACAGAGAGAUUCAAAUAUGACUUCACAUGAAAGAAUUUGAUUUCAGAAAUAGCCUAUGGUUAAACAGAACCAUUGGAUUUAAAUCACAGUCCUUACAUGAGGUAUCUGAGUAAUACAAAUGUUAAAUGUCUCCCAAAUAAAUGUUCAGUAUAUGGAAUUUAUGCCCUUAUUUAUUUAUAUGUGUGUUUGUAUGUUGUUGCUUAGAAGGAUUGGGUGUUUGGAUUAUUUCAGAAUGUAAAUAUUAUAGUGGCUGUCCAUAGUUGAUUGAUUUGAAAAGUUGUUAAACUUCCAUCGAUAGCAUAUCUAGAAGACACUUUUAUAAUGUAACAGGAUUUGUUUCCAUAUAUAGCUUGCAGGACCUGUCUUAUAUUUUUAUGCACUGUUCUGCUGGUCCCCAGAGGAACGUACCUGACUGCUAUAAACAUUUUGGUAAAUAUUCCUUCAGACUUCUUCUUACGUACAAAUAGACAUCCACCAUUUCAAGCUGACUUUGUUAGGCCUUCCUGACAGUGACCAUAUGAAUAGGUAGACAUUUUCAUUGGUAUGAUGCUGACUUAAUUCCCAGUGUAGGUGUCUAAGUGAAAUGUGACACUUCAUAAUGAAAUUUUCUAUUGUAGCUUAAAAUAGUGGUAAAUAGUUUUCUCUCCAUUAGUUUAGUUCAGGAAAGUCUGACCAAAGGCAUUAAAGGAAGGAUAGGUCAUUGGAGGUCUAAUUCCAGCUAAGAACAUAAUUAUUCUUGAAGCAUAUUUAAUUGCAGAUAAUUUUACUUCUUCAGCCACUACCAUUGUUAUGAUACACAAAUAAAAAAGAUUAUUCCCAAAGA